GCGGAAGACGCAUUCCUUCUUUCCCUUCGAAGUCACUCCCCGACUCGCUCAUCGCCCGCCCACCGCCGCUGCCCCAGCGCGCGAGCCGUUCCCUCUCCUUCCCGACAAGACCGCACGCCGACACCCCGCUGUCGCAGCCAUGGUCAACGUCACCUACGACAGCUCCGGCGACCUUCAGUGGUACGACCCCAGCAGCGGCACCACCUAUGUCUACAACCUCGGCGACAUCGCCUGGGUCCUCGCCUCCACCGCCCUCGUCUGGAUCAUGAUCCCCGGCGUCGGCUUCUUCUACUCGGGCCUCCUCCGCCGCAAGAACGCACUCAGUAUGAUCUGGAUGUCUAUGAUGACUCUCGCCGUGGUUUCAUUUCAGGUGAGUGUCCUCUCUCUCGCGAAACCAUCUCGCCUUGCUAUGCGGUGCGCUGCCUCGACGCGACCCCUCACCUCGCCGGAAAACCGCACUUUUUGCAGCCCACACACCGGGGCACCCAAGGCGCGUGUGCAUUGCACAUCGAGGCCGCCGCCUGCCCUCAGGCGUCUACACACGGCUGUCAACUUGUCGAGAUGCACACACCGUGGUCCCCCCGAGCUGCCCUGCCCUGCCCGUCCCUGGUCCGCCGCGGGGGGCACCGCGCGGACCGCCGUUCCCGUCUGCGUUGACACGGACGUCAUCCUGUCGAGCCCUUGCAGGCACCGAGCGGUCCGCGAACCUGCCAUCGCCCAAGGCCCACCCGCUUCGUCGCCCUGGGUGGCACGGCACCCUUCUGCGCAGCGCGUGCACCUGUCCGGGCUGAACCACCCCGCGGUGCUCCCGAGAAUGCCUGCAGGCUUCUUACGUGCCCAGGUGUCGAAACGGCCCACACUGCGUCGAUGUCCCACACCGACGACCCACACGGGCGUUCCUACGGUGCAUUCAUUCCCGAUGUGGCUCGUCGGUGGGACACACCGCCGGGGCUCUGACAUUCACAUCUGUUUCUCUUCGGCUGUUGAGGCGUCUCGGAACCUUCUGUAACAUCGUGUGCUGACAACCUUCCCUCCACAGUGGUUUUUCUGGGGAUUUUCACUAGCUUUCAGCGACACGGC